GAAAGAAGGUCUCUUGGCAGCUGUACUUUCACUGUCCACCUCCAUUUCCAGGCUUUUUAGCUUUCUCUUCCGCUUCCUCUGAACCUUCGCGAAGCUGGGGUGUUCUUCGCCGUCUUCCGUCUCCUCCACCAUCUCCGCCUCUCCCCCACUGAGCCCCGCGUCUCCUGGCCCUGCGGUAGCCAUUUUCCGCACGUGUAGCCGAGAUGAACUCUGACCCCAAGCCGCCAGUGGGCGUGGCCAAAGCACACCCGUUUCAAAAUGGCGGCCAGAGAAACGUCUCCGAAAGAAGCGUCUUCUUCCCCAGCCAUAGCUAUUGAGUGCGUGUUCGAAGGCUGUCACGUACCAGUUCGUAUGUCGUCUGGUGUGGAUACCUGUCCCGUGGACGACUGGAACAUUGCAGAGGUCAUUAGCAAGAGAAAGAAUGGAUAUAAAUGGGAGUUCUACGUCCACUACCUGAGCUUCAACAAGAGACUGGAUGAGUGGGUGUCAGAAGACAGUCUGGACCUGGAGAAGGUGCGACUGCCUCGUAAGGAGUCAAAGGCCGGUCUCUCACGCCAGACAUCGCGAGCUGCCUCUCCUGACGUCCAGCAACUUGACUCCAAGAAAUCAAUCCUCAGCUCAAACCGCAAAAGGAAGGCCAACGGAGCUGGGAUUGAGGACCCACUCUGCAGUCCGAGCGGUGCCACGCCCCCCACCCAGCAACCCAGGACGUCCUCGGGAGGCAUGAGCCACCACCCCCACCAAGACGACGCCAUCACCCGCAUGAAGAACAUAGAGCAGAUCGAACUGGGCCGCUUCCGGAUCAAACCCUGGUAUUUCUCACCGUACCCCCAGGAACUGACCACGGAGCCAGUGGUCUACAUCUGCGAGUUCUGCCUCAAGUACUUGAAGAGUCUGAAAUGUCUGCAGAGACAUAAGACCAAGUGCACCAUCCAUCACCCUCCGGGGAACGAGAUCUAUAGGAAGGACAACAUUUCCUUUUUCGAGAUCGACGGACGGAAAAACAAACCGUAUGCUCAGAACCUCUGCCUGUUGGCCAAACUGUUCCUGGAUCACAAGACCCUCUACUACGACACUGACCCCUUCCUCUUCUACAUCAUGACCGAGUACGACUCCUACGGCUUCCACAUCAUCGGCUACUUCUCCAAGGAGAAGGAGAGCAGUGAGGACUACAAUGUGGCAUGUAUCCUGACACUGCCUCCCUACCAGAGAAUGGGCUACGGGAAAGUCCUCAUCGAGUUUAGUGAGUCAACUUUCUCACUCCAUCGUGUGUUUACAUGUGUGUGUGUCCAUCUUUGCCUGCACAAUUUGGUUUCAAGGGCCUCCAAGUGAUAAAAUGUCUAAGAAUGUAGCAGGGGUUAAAGCUAUGAAGAAUGUGAGAAGAGAGUAUGCACAUGAUCUGAUCUCUCGUGUAUUGUGCUAGGUUACGAGCUGUCCAAGAUAGAGAACAAGACCGGGUCUCCGGAGAAACCGCUGUCAGACCUGGGCCUCCUCUCCUAUCGCAGCUACUGGGCCGCCACCAUCCUGGAGCUGAUCGUCAACUUUGACCGAACGCAGGACGACUCUCCACCCACCGUAACCAUCAAUGAGAUAUGUGAGCAGACCAGUAUCCGUAAGGAGGACGCGGUGUCCACACUACAGUACCUGAACCUAGUCCAGUACUACAGGGGGCAGUACGUCAUCUGUCUCUCCGACGAAGCCAUCCAGAAACACCAGAAAGCCAUCACCAAACGGAAGAUCAGAAUAGACCCAAAGUGUAUCAAGUGGACUCCAAAAGAUUGGAGUCGCAGGGGGAAAUGGUGACAAAUUGUGGAGACAGACAAUCAGAACUCAUGCAAAUCUGCUUCAUUUCUCUUUCAUGGGUUAUUAUUGUGUGUGGUGGCAGAAAUGCCACUCCCCUCUCUUUUUCUCUCUCCUCUCUUACUUCAUUAUUUUAGUGUCUCACGGAGGUUCCAUAAACUUAAUUUUACAUCAUAAUUAUGAUCAUGAUAUGUGUGUUUAUUCAUAAUUUCAUCACACAAUACGAUACGAGAGGGAAGUUGAAACAAGUCACAUGAUUUUGAUACACAUUCACAUGAUUAUGGGUGUGUGGUCACAUGCCCCGUGUGAGGAGGGGCUCCAAUCGGACGGCGGUGGAGGGAGGAGGAGGAGAAAGCGAGAGGGAGAGUGUGGGGGAGUGGGAGGGGGGAGAGAGGGAGGAGAGGGUGUAGAUGAGGAAGUGGAGGAGGUCUGGGUCGCGGAGGAAGGCCGAGUGUUCGUAGAGAGCAGAGAGGACUGGCGAGCAGUGGCCGAUGAGGGACAGCCAUGUUGCUAUGUGAUGGUCCCUCAGACCAAUACUCAGGAACAGAGCCAUCUUUUCACUCUUGCCGAUCUGAGGAUAGUUUGAGUUGAUUCUGUCGACGGUGUUCCCGAGGACCUGUCUGUCGAGGGAGGCCGGGUGGGGGGCGGUGUGGACCAGUGGCGUGGGUGUCUCCAUUGACUCCAUGUGCUCACAGGCUCUCUCCACCAUGUCCCACAGGUACAGUCUCUUGCUGAACUUACGGCUGGAUCUGAACCCUGCCAACAGGACCUGCAUAGAGGAGGAGGAGGUGGUUUAGUGGGGUGUUCUGAUUGUUGUUACAAUGUCUUGAUAAGUUAACUGAACCAUUUAUGCAAGGCUUUC